AUGUUUCAGUGUGAAAAGCAACGAUUUAAAACUUUUAUCCAAAGGAUACGGUCAGCAUAUUCAUCAAAUGAUCAAAAACUGGAGGACACUGUUUUUGCUGCGUUUACCUUUGAAGACUUUGUAUUAAGCUCUGCCAGAAAGUGUUGGAACGUUAAAAAUCCCGAAUUUAUUGAUGUCGAUGAAGAUCUGGCCUUUCGGGUUAGACGCAAUGUCCUCCAUAGAGAAGAUGACUUUCUGUUUAAUGGAAGCAAUCGGGAGAACUUUAUUAAGAUUCCCCUGACUAAUCUGGAUCGAGAUUCCAUAGUACUUGGGCUCGAAUACAUCUAUCUUUCUGAAUCUUUUUCAAACUAUUCAGCUGACACUGAGGGAGGCAACAAAACUAAGAUACUUGACAGUGUAAUUAUGUCCGCCGUAAUAGACCCUCCACCCGAGGUUCUACUAGAAAACAUCACACUGGUUUUUAAGAACAUAAAGGUGAAUCGUAAAAAAAGAACAUGUGUAUUCUGGAGCUUCUCUGAAGAAAACUUUGGGAGUUGGUCGAGUGAAGGAUGUCAAACAAAGAUGAUAUCCGAUCAUCAUACGGAAUGCGUUUGCAAUCAUCUAACCCACUUCGCUGUGCUCAUGGAUUUCACCGACAAUACUGAUGACGGGAAGUUUUUCAGUCAAGAUAAGACUCGUUCGACAAAUGAGCAUUACAAACAACUGACACUCCUCACCCGAGUAGGGAUGGCUUUAUCUCUCACUGGAGUCAUACUCACAAUUAUCAGCUAUCUUCAGCUCACAGACAGAAGUUCACCUUUGUGUCACAUACGGGUUGGUCUGACUUCCUGCAUUGGAGCAGGACAUAUCGUCUUUUUCGCUGGAAUUGACUCCACAGGAAACCAGGCUGCUUGUGUAGCUGUGGCAGCUCUUAUGCAGUAUUUCCUAAUGGCCAGUUUUUGCUGGAUGCUUGUCGAGGGGAUUUAUAUCUACUUAUUUGUUGUAAAGGUUUACAACAUUACCGACAAAAUGCAUCGCUAUCAUGGAUUUUGCUGGGGACUGCCUGCAAUCAUAGUUGCUGUAUCUUUGGGUAUCGCCAUAGGAAAUGAUGGAAUUGAAACUUUUGUCAAUGAUGAAAACUGCUGGAUGUCCUCCUCUAACAAUAUCAUCUGGAUAUUUGUUUCCUUUGUUGGACUGAUCGCAAUUAUUAACAUGGUGAUCCUCGUGCGAGUUAUCAAGGAAUUAACAACCACCCAACAGGUGAAGGAGAGCCAAACUGAGCAGAUCAGGCUUGGUGUCCGUGCAUGCGUGGUGUUAGCUCCAUUGCUGGGUGUCACGUGGCUGAUUGGUUUCCUUGUGCCGUUACACAUCGCCUUCUCCUACAUUUUUGUAAUCCUUAACUCCACGCAGGGAUUCUUCAUUUUCUUCUUUCACUGCUUGGGAAAUAGUGAGAUAAGGGGGCGUUUCAAAAGAAGAGUCCAAAAAAUCCACCCAAGUGCAUUUAAUCAAAGGCAAGGUGACGACAGAGGAAACUCUCAAGCUCGUCACAUUGAUACUGGGAUUCCUGUGCGGGAUCGAGAGUAAUUAACGGACUUUGAACUUUUAUCUUGCCCAUGGAAUGGGAAAAUACGAAAUGGAUUUACA